CCCGCACCGAGGCGCGGAGCGCGGCGCACGGUGGUGGCCAGGGCCGCGGGCGGGCAUGGCGGACCGGCGGCGCGCGUGGAACACGGAGGACGACCUGCCCGUGUACCUGGCGCGGCCGGGCAGCGCGGCGCAGACCCCGCGCCAGAAGUACGGCGGCAUGUUCGCUGCGGUGGAGGGCGCCUACGAGAACAAGACCAUCGACUUCGACGCGUACAGCGUGGGCCGCCGCGGCUCGGCGCGCACGCCGCGCAGUGCGGGCCGGCCCGACGCCGUCGGCCUGCCGGGGCCCGGCGGCAGCGAGGACACGGCCAGCGACGUGAGCGAGCCCUCGGGUUCGGCCGUCAGCUCCCCGGGUGAGCGCGACGAGCGGCCGCCGGCGCUGCACCUCCGCUGCCCCGCGCCCCGCGACCUGCCGCUCGCCCGGGACAAUGGCCAGAGUGACCGGCUCCUCAUCAAAGGUGGGCGUGUCGUGAACGAUGACCAGGCCUUCUAUGCCGACGUCUACUUGGAAGAUGGAGUUAUCAAGCAAAUCGGAGACAACUUGAUCGUCCCCGGGGGAGUGAAGACCAUCGAAGCCAAUGGACGGAUGGUGAUUCCCGGUGGCAUUGACGUCAACACGUACCUGCAGAAGCCCUCACAGGGCAUGACGGCGGCCGACGACUUCUUCCAGGGCACCAGGGCGGCUCUGGCGGGUGGUACCACCAUGAUCAUUGACCACGUGGUUCCCGAGCCUGGGUCCAGCCUGCUGACCUCCUUUGAGAAAUGGCACGAAGCUGCUGACACCAAAUCCUGCUGUGACUACUCCUUGCACGUGGACAUCACGAGCUGGUAUGACGGCGUCCGGGAGGAGCUGGAGGUGUUGGUACAGGACAAAGGGGUCAAUUCCUUCCAGGUGUACAUGGCCUACAAAGAUCUCUAUCAGAUGUCCGACAGCCAGCUCUAUGAAGCCUUCACCUUCCUGAAGAGCCUGGGGGCUGUGAUCCUGGUCCACGCGGAGAAUGGAGACUUGAUAGCUCAGGAACAAAAGCGGAUCUUGGAGAUGGGCAUCACGGGCCCCGAGGGCCAUGCUCUGAGCAGACCUGAAGAGCUGGAGGCCGAGGCCGUGUUCCGGGCCAUCACCAUCGCAGGCCGGAUCAACUGCCCCGUGUACAUAACCAAGGUCAUGAGUAAAAGUGCAGCUGACAUCAUCGCCUUGGCCAGGAAGAAAGGACCCCUCGUUUUCGGGGAGCCCAUCGCUGCCAGCCUGGGCACCGACGGCACCCACUACUGGAGCAAGAACUGGGCCAAGGCAGCGGCGUUCGUGACCUCCCCUCCCCUGAGCCCGGACCCCACUACGCCCGACUACCUGACCUCUUUGCUGGCCUGUGGGGACCUGCAGGUCACGGGCAGUGGCCACUGUCCCUACACCACUUCCCAGAAGGCAGUGGGCAAGGACAACUUCACCCUGAUCCCCGAAGGGGUCAACGGGAUAGAGGAACGCAUGACCGUCGUCUGGGACAAGGCUGUGGCCACGGGCAAAAUGGACGAGACCCAGUUUGUGGCUGUGACCAGCACCAAUGCGGCCAAGAUCUUCAACCUGUACCCAAGGAAAGGGCGGGUGGCAGUGGGCUCCGAUGCUGAUGUGGUCAUCUGGGACCCCGACAGGGUGAAGACCAUAACAGCCAAGAGCCACAAGUCGGCCACAGAGUACAACAUCUUCGAGGGCAUGGAGUGCCACGGCUCCCCGGUGGUGGUUGUCAGCCAGGGCAAGAUCGUCUUCGAAGACGGAAACAUCACCGUCAACAAGGGCGCCGGCCGCUUCAUCCCGCGCAAGCCCUUCCCGGAGCACCUGUACCAACGUGUCAAGAUCCGGAGUAAGGUUUACGGACUGCAUGGAGUCUCACGGGGCAUGUACGAUGGUCCCGUGUACGAGGUGCCUGCCACGCCUAAAUAUGCAACACCCGCGCCGUCUGCCAAAUCCUCGCCUUCCAAGCACCAGCCGCCGCCCAUCCGUAACCUGCACCAGUCCAACUUCAGCUUGUCAGGGGCCCAGAUUGACGACAACAACCCCAGGCGCACUGGCCAUCGCAUAGUGGCGCCCCCUGGUGGCCGCUCCAACAUCACCAGCCUUGGUUGACCGCGUUGGGUCGAGUGCCCCCAGUGAAGGGUUCCGGGAGAUACCGUCCAGCCCUUUUCCUGUCUGUGUUUGAAACCCACGGUUUUAGUUGGUGCCGAGGCAAGGGGGAGGAGAGAGCAGAGUGCAGGCCUCUCCUCUGUCCUGUAGGAAGACGUGGUGCUAGUGUGCUGUGUUGGCGUGGCGGGCCCUCGCCCCCACGCGUGUGUCCACACAGGAGCCACCUGGAGCAUGCCGUUUCCGUGUCCCCUCCCAGUGAGCCACAGGUCUCAGCAU